AUGGCAGGUGGUCAAUUCCCAGUGGAUCUCAAGCAGUUCAAGCAACUCAAGCUUGACCCAAAGAAUGCAACCCUCACUGCCGAGCAGAAAAAGGAUCUUUUGCACAACAUCAAUAUCUUCCGUGAUGCUAUCAUUGCCUUCACGGCGACAGGUGCUGCUCGUGGCGUGUCCGGCCACACCGGUGGACCAUUCGACACGGCCCCCGAAGUCUGUGUUUUGCUCGCGAUGAUCAACGCCAACCCUGAUAACUUUGUCGAUGCCAUUUUCGAUGAGGCAGGCCACCGCGUUGCCACACAGUACCUUCUUGCCGCACUGGAUGGCAAGAUUGAUCCUGAACACCUGUUGAACUAUCGCGAUGCCAACUCCAAGCUUCCCGGUCACCCCGAGCUUGGUCUCACUCCCGGAGUCAAGUUCAGCUCGGGACGUCUCGGCCACAUGUGGGGAAUGGUCAAUGGUAUCUCCAUGGCCAACAAGGACAAGAAUGUCAUCAUGCUGGGCUCCGACGGCUCCCAGCAGGAAGGAAACGAUGCCGAGGCCGCGCGUAUCGCUGUUGCCCGAAACCUCAACGUCAAGUUGUUCAUUGACAACAACGACGUUACGAUUGCAGGCCACCCUUCCCAAUACUUGAAGGGCUAUGACAUCGGUCGUACCCUGGAGGGUCACGGCCUCCACGUUGUUCGUGCCGAGGGUGAGAACAUCGAUUCUUUGUAUGGAGCUAUUGCCGAGGUCAUCAACCACAAGGGCCCUGCGGCUGUUAUUGUGAACCGAGUCAUGGCUCCUGGUAUUGAGGGCAUUGAGGGCGAGACCCAUGCCCACGAUGUGAUUACUGUCGAUGUCGCUCGCAAGUAUCUCACCAAGCGGGGAUACAGCAAGGAGAGCCUUGCUUUCUACGACGAUAUCAAGGGUCGUUCUAACCCUCACCAGUAUCAGGGCUCCACAAAAGAAAAGGGGGCCAACCGCUCCAUCUUCGGUGAGGCAGUCAAUGCUGUUCUCGACGGCUUGAGCAAGGAGGAGGCUGUCCGUCGCGUGAUGGUGAUCGACUCCGAUCUUGCCGGCUCAACCGGUCUGAAGGCCAUCCAGUCCAAGCACCCCGAAGUCUUCGUGCCCUCCGGUGUUAUGGAGCGAGGCAACUUCUCCGCCGCUGCCGGCUUUGGUUUCGGCAGCAACGGUGAGCGCCAGGGUGUUUUCUCUACCUUCUCCGCUUUCCUGGAGAUGUGCAUUUCCGAAAUCACCAUGGCCCGUCUGAACAACUGCACCGUUCUGUCCCACUUCUCACACAGCGGUGUCGAUGAGAUGGCCGAUAACACCUGCCACUUCGGCUUGAACCACUUCUUUGCCGACAACGGCCUCAUGGAUGCGGAGAGCACCACUCUCUACUUCCCUGCCGACGGCGAGCAGAUGAAGGCCGUCGUCAACAAGGUCUUCUGGGACUCGGGCAUGCGUUUCAUCUUCUCGACCCGCUCCAAAGUUCCCUACAUCCUGAAGGAGGGUACUGAGGAGAAGCUCUUUGGCGAGGGCUACAAGUUUGUCCCCGGCAAGGAGGAGAUCAUCCGCAAGGGCUCUGCCGGUUAUAUCGUCACAUAUGGUGACAUGGUGUACCGUUCCCUCGACGCUGUUGAGCGUCUGCGCAAGGAUGGUCUUGACAUUGGUCUGAUCAACAAGCCUACCCUCAACAUCGUCGACGAGGAUGCUAUCCGCACAUACGGCUCCACUCCCUUCGUUCUCGUUGUGGAGUCCAUUGCCCAGAAGACCGGACUUGGCUCUCGCCUCGGUACCCAUCUGCUGGAGCGCAAGCUCACCCCCAAGUUCAAGUCGAUGGGUGCUGUGAAGGAGGGCUGUGGCGGUCUGUUCGAACAGAUCAACGGCCAGGGUCUCGGUCCUGACGACAUCGUCGCGGCUGUGAAGGAGAUCGCGGGAAAAUAG